CCAACUUCCUUUUUUACUUGUUUUUUUUCUUUUUCUUUUUAAUUACUCUUUUUUUCCUUUAAGAAUCAAAAGCUAAGUCUCCGGAGGCAACCACCAUGAACGGCAAGGCCUCCGUCUCCAAGGAGCUUGAUGCCAGGCAUUCCAAGAUCUUAGAGGGUCUUCUUAAGCUACCAGAAAAUAGGGAAUGUGCAGACUGUAAGAACAAGGCACCACGAUGGGCAAGUGUGAACCUGGGAGUAUUUAUAUGCAUGCAAUGUUCUGGAAUCCAUCGGAGUCUUGGAGUGCAUAUUUCAAAGGUACGAUCUACUACUCUCGAUACAUGGCUACCGGAGCAGGUUGCUUUUAUGCAGUCUAUAGGUAAUGAGAAGUCGAACAAGUUCUGGGAGGCAGAACUACCACUGAAUUUUGACAGAAGUAGAAUUGAGAAAUUUAUCCGCACUAAGUAUGAAGAGAAAAGAUGGGCUCCAAAGGGAGAAAGAGAACCAGCUGCAAAAACUGCUGAAACGAACCAUAACAUUAACAAGUUCUCAGAAGGUGUCAAAGGUGGUGUUUCAAGAAAACCAAGGGUACUCUCUCUAGAGGAUGAGAUUUUUACUAAGCACAUGUCUCAAACAACUCCUCCAGCUAUGAAGUCCCGAAGGGGAUAUAUUUCAAAGGUUCUAGGAGUACCAAAAUACUCUGCUAUAGGUAAUGAGAAGUCGAACAAGUUCUGGGAGGCAGAAUUACCACCGAAUUUUGACAGAAGUAGAAUUGAGAAAUUUAUCCGCACUAAGUAUGAAGAUAAAAGAUGGGAUCCAAAGGGAGAAACAGAACCAGCUGCAAAAACUGCUGAAACGAACCAUAACAUUAACAAGUUCCCAGAAGGUGUCAAAGGUGGUGUUUCAAGAAAACCAAGGGAGUAG